AUUUUCGAUUUUUUUUUUUUCUUUUUCUAAAACCAUUCCUCAAAGUCAAAACCCUGCAUUUUUUCCUCCUACGAUAACAAAACGAUAGGGUUUGUUUUACCCAGUUACUCACACUCCAUUGCCAACCUUCUGUGCCGCCUCCAUUAUCGCUUUCCUUGAGUGUAAUCUGAGAAAACAACUCAAAAAUGUUGGACAUCAAUUUAUUCAGGGAAGAUAAGGGAGGAAACCCCGAUAUCAUCCGCGAAUCUCAACGCCGUCGUUUCGCCGAUGUCGCCAUUGUCGACGAAAUUAUCCUCCUCGAUAAAGAAUGGCGCAAACGUCAAUUUGAGUUGGAGAGCUUGCGCAAGGACUUCAAUAGGAUCAACAAAGAGGUGGCGCGCUUGAAAAUUGCUGGUGAGGAUGCAUCUGAAAUGAUCAGAAGCACAGAAGAGAAUAAGAAAUCAAGUGCUGAUAAAGACGCCGAGGUUCAAGAAGUUAAGACUGCAUUGUAUGCCAAAUUGGAAUUGGUUGGGAAUCUGAUUCAUGAUUCAGUCCCCAUUAGCAAUGAUGAGGCGAACAAUGCUGUGAUUCGAACAUGGGGUGAAAGGCGAAUAGAGCCAAAGUUGAAAAAUCAUGUUGAGCUUGUUGAGCUCCUGGGAAUAGUUGAUACAAAGAAAGGCUCUAAUGUUGCGGGUGCUAGAGGUUUUUACUUGAAAGGUGAUGGUGUGCUUCUAAAUCAAGCACUGAUAAAUUUUGGUCUUGGUUUUCUAUCAUCAAAGGGAUAUACACCAUUAAUGACCCCAUUCUUCAUGAGGAAAGAUAUCAUGGCAAAAUGUGCUCAACUAGCUCAAUUCGAUGAAGAACUUUACAAGGUAACUGGUGAGGGAGAUGACAAAUAUCUGAUUGCCACGGCUGAACAGCCGCUCUGUGCUUUCCACUUGGACGAUUGGAUGCAUCCUUCCCAACUCCCAAUAAGAUAUGCUGGAUACUCAUCGUGCUUCCGGAAAGAGGCGGGUUCACAUGGGCGAGAUACUCUUGGAAUUUUCCGAGUCCACCAGUUUGAGAAAAUUGAACAGUUUUGCCUCACUAGCCCAAUUGAAGAUAAAUCAUGGGAAAUGCACGAGGAGAUGUUAAAAAACUCUGAAGAGUUUUAUCAGCAGCUGGGCCUUCCUUAUCAGAUAGUAGCCAUUGUUUCCGGUGCCUUGAAUGAUGCAGCUGCAAAGAAGCUUGAUUUGGAAGCUUGGUUCCCUGCCUCUAGUGCGUACAGAGAGUUGGUGUCAUGUUCAAACUGUACAGACUACCAAUCAAGAAGAUUAGAAAUAAGAUAUGGCCAGAAAAAGAGCAAUGAACAAACGAAGCAGUACGUCCAUCUGCUGAAUUCAACUCUGACAGCAACUGAAAGAACCUUGUGCUGUAUUCUGGAGAAUUAUCAGACGAAAGACGGAGUCGAAAUACCAGAAGUUUUAAGACCAUUCAUGUAUGGGAAGACUUUCUUGCCUUUCCAGAGCAAUCCUGCCCCAGAAGCAAAGGGAAAGAAGUCUAAAGCUUAAGCCUUAAUGUACAACAACUGUUGCUGGAUAUCUCUAUUUUAAUUUGCUCUUAACUAAGAAAUUGUUAGCAGGAUAUACAAAUAUUUAUGGUUCAUACCUUUUUAUAUUUUAUUUGGAUGGACUUGGAUUUUGGAGUUUUGACAUUUGAAAUAGUGGUAAAUUGAUAUGAAAAAUUUACUGGGAUAAGGCAAUA